GUUUAUUUAAUUUUUUUGUACUACGUACUGCGAUUAGUUCGAAGACAGUGACGUAACGACGCCUGAAGCACGUGAUCCGGCUGUGUUUUUGACCAUGUGGAUGUGUAUUUUGUUUCUAACUGCGGUAUAGAAUGACAUUACUCCCGAUAUAAGCUUUAGAUAGCGCUGUUAUGUGGAAACUUUAAGAUGAAUAAACCUGGUUGCCGCGCUGGGAGAAGAGCGAGGAAAAAAAGACGGAAAAAACACGAGGAUGAGUACAAAGUGACUCUGACUCACGAAGCCCAGUUUGUUCUUUUGAGGAGAUGGCUGAAACAGAAAGGAUUCAGCUCGCAGUCUCUCAUCCCUGUCAGCUUCCAUGAUACUGGAAGAGGGCUUAUGACAAAUCAAACUAUCAAGGCCAAAAACUGUGUGAUUUCCCUGCCUGAAAAAUGCUUACUGACCACCGAGACAGUUCUAAAGAGUUACAUGGGUGACUAUAUAAAAAGAUGGCAUCCUCCUGUAUCUCCUCUUCUUGCUCUUUGUUGUUUCCUGAUUGCUGAAAGACAUCGUGGAGAUGCGUCGGAGUGGAGUCCCUACAUUAAUAUCCUCCCAAAGACCUACACAUGCCCUGUGUACUUGUCUGAUGACAUCAUUGACCUUUUGCCGAGGAGUCUCCAGAAGAAAGCCACUGAGCAGAAAGAACAGUUUCAGGAACUCUACUGUUCUUCGUUGAUGUUUUUCCGCUCCCUCCAGCCACUCUUCACCCAGCCCACAGAGGAGUUGUUUACCCAGGAUGCACUGCGCUGGGCUUGGUGUAGCAUUAAUACGCGUACGGUGUACAUGGAGCAUGACCAGAGUGACUAUCUCUCCAGGGAGAAGGAUAUCUAUGCGCUUGCACCGUACCUGGACCUGUUGAACCACUGUCCUAAUGUACAAGUUGAAGCUGGCUUCAACAAACAAACUCGCUGUUACGAAGUUAAAAGUGUUCAAGGCUGUAAGAAGUUCCAGCAAGCACUCAUCAAUUAUGGCCCUCAUGAUAAUAACAGACUACUUCUGGAAUAUGGCUUUGUUGCCUCUGGUAACCCCCACAGUGUGGUAUAUGUUGAUAUAGGAACUCUAAAAAUAUGUCUAGAUGAAAAAGACAAACAGCUAACACAAAAACUACUUUACCUAAGGGACAACGAUUUUUUAAGAAACUUGACGUUUGGGAUGGAUGGCCCUUCCUGGCGACUGAUGACUGCACUGAGACUGCUGUCCUUGAAACCUGAGCAAUAUUCUUGUUGGAAGAGUGUCCUCUUGGGGGCAGCAGUGAGCCGGGAGAGAGAAGAGUGGUGCAUUCACUCUGCCCUAAAGCUUUGCAAUAACCUCAAUGAUGACAAUGUCAAGGCACUAGAGAGGCUAUCACAGCUCAAACAGGGUGCGAACCUGCCUCGCCUUGAACAACUGUGUGUGGUGGAGAGCCUGAGACAAGAGGAGCAAAGGAUUCUGGAACACACACGAGUGGUUCUUCAAAACCUCUGGGGACAGUAGUCACUGUGGU